GAACGCAUUCUUCUACACCUCUUGUUAUCAUCGUGCUCAUGCACAAAUAUAGGAAGGUUUCUAAGUCCUACUCUUUUACCAUGUUCACUUGCCGGAAAAGUAUUGUAUUUUUAUCGAGCUUCUUGUUAUUCUUCCGAGCAUCUUUCGCCCUGUAUGAAGACCAAGUCGGCAAGUUCGAUUGGAAACAAUCGUACGUCGGAAAAGUGAGGUAUUCCUAUGUGGACUUGGACCUGAAACAAUUUCGAGUAUUUGUCGCUACCGAUAGCAAUGUAGUUGCAGCAUUUGGCCUAAAAGGAGAUGGUAAAAUAUUAUGGAGGCGGUUACUUGAAAAAGGAGAGUAUGGAGAUAUAAAACAAUUGUUUGUUGGGAGCGAGGUUGUAUCAGUGUCUGGAAAUGGGCCUUUUAUGGUCAGGGGUUGGAACAAAACUACUGGCCUUCAGACGUUUGAGUGGAGCACACCUCACUCCUUGACUUAUUCUAAGUCUGAAAAAUGGACUGUGGACCAUUCUAAAGUGUACCAAUUGGCCUUUGCCUCUCAGACGCUCGAAGUGACGGCGUUUCAUUUGAAAAACGGCAAUCCUGCUGGUUCGACUAAAACAAUUUCUGCUCAGUGGUUAUCUUCAGGAAACAAAUGUGCUGUUUCAAAUGGUGUUGUGUCUUGUGUCAAUUCACAAAAUGUUCUGACAUUCUUCAACUUGGGUGAUUCAUCGAUGCGUUCUGCCCAGCUUGACUUUAACGUCGAAAAUGUUGAACCAUUAGAAAACGGUUGCUUGCUAAGACUUGAUAAAAAUAGACAAAAAGCUGCCGUUGUUAGUCACCAAGGAAAACUGACAACUGUUGACGUGCCUUUGGGAGCGAGUGUGUCUAUUGGAAAGAAAGGAAAUAAUCAUUACAUUAUAACAACAGCCCUUGCAAGUGGGAAAUAUGAGACAAGAACUAUAAAUGUAGAAUCGAAUGGUGAAUACAAAGCUACUGCAAGCUACACUUAUCCAUUUUCCCUACCAGAUUAUACUUCCUCGAGUUGUACCAUUGUCAGUAAUAACAACGAGCUUGUCUGCUACACAUUCAUUUCUUCGGUAGACCACUCAGCCAUCCUUUUACGUAAAGGCAAACUAUUUUGGGUCCGAGAAGAGGCAUUGGCUAAUGUUAUCAACGUUGAAAUGAUAGACUUGCCUGUUUCGGAGGAGGAAGCUGCAAUUGAAAAGGAAUUUGCCAACAAAGGAGGUGGAAUUUUGGGUAUGGUAACCAGGCGAUUGAGCAGCCAGGUACUCCAAGCAAAAAACCUUUUUGUUACUGUCCUCGGUCUAAAGGAUUCUACCAUUGAGCCCGGAGUACGAAAAGAUCUCGUCAGAGAUUCUUUCGGAUUUCAUAAACUUAUUCUGGUUGUAACAAGUGCCAUGAAGAUUUUUGGCAUUGACAAUGAAAAUGGUGAAGUUAUUUGGCAGUUUUACCUGAAAGACUUUACACCCUUGAAUCAGUUGGAAUCUCAGACUGUGCCAUUAUUUCUUCAGAGGACUUCACGACAUUUACCAAAUCCAACAAUGAUGACUUUACUCCUUAAAAGAAAAGACACAGGUGCAUCAGCGUUGUUCAUUUUUAAUCCAAUCACAGGACAAUCAUUAGAAGGUUUUAUCAAUUUAAAACAACCAGUAGCACAGUGCCUUCUACUUCCGGAGACAAAUGAGGAGUUUGUUCAUGGAAUUUUAAUACUUUAUGAGUCUGGUGAUGUUGACAUUUAUCCCGAGAGCACAAAAGAUGUUGCUGUUGAACAUGCCAAGUCAAUGUUUGUGUACACUAUAGAUUCCAAAAAUAACGCCAUGAGUGGAAGAACUUUUAUUAAAAAUUCUCAAGAUGCUUCGUUAAAAAGUUACCCUGUGUGGUCGAUACAGCUUACAGAUAAAGUCAUUGCAGUCACUGGGAAAAGAAGAGGUGAAAAGGUUCAUUCUCAAGGUAGAGUCCUGGGUGAUCGCAGUGUACUUUAUAAAUAUAUAAACCCUAAUCUUGUUGCUGUCGCCACGCAGGCUUCUGAUCCUGUUCACAAAAGUAUUAUAUCAGUUUACUUAGUUGAUACCGUCAGUGGAGCUAUAGUAUUUUCAGUCGUUCACAAACGUGCUAUGGAACCGGUCCAUAUUGUUCACUCUGAAAACUGGGUUGUUUACACAUUUUUCAAUGAAAAAUCAAGACGUACAGAAAUUGUAAUGCUCGAUCUUUAUGAAGGCAAAACACAACGUAACACUACAGCAUUUUCAUCAUUGGAUCCACCUUUAGAGCCAUUGGUUGGUAGGCAGGCUUAUAUAUUUCCUCACCAUAUAACAACAAUGAAGGAAACUAUAACUGAGAAGGGGAUCACCAGCAAACAUAUUCUAGUCGGAUUGGGAAGUGGAGGAGUAAUGGAAGUUCCAUGGAGUUUCUUAGAUUCUAGAAGGGGGGUAACUCCAACCGCCGAAAUGAGGGAGGAAGGUGUUUUGCCUUACAUACCAGAAUUGGCACUUCCUCCAGAAGCAUUGAUAACUUACAACCACACACUUAUUAAAAUUGAAGGGAUUCAUACAUCACCAGCUGGUUUGGAAUCGACAUCUUUAGUAUUUAUUUAUGGAUUAGAUUUAUUUUAUACCAGAGUUUCACCAUCAAAGACUUUUGAUGUGCUCAAGGAUGACUUUGAAUACUGGCUGAUAACAGCAGUUCUCACGGGUCUAAUUACAGCUGCAUACGUUACUAAGAGGUUGGCCUCGAGAAAAGCACUGAAGCAGGCCUGGAAAUAAAUCACUUAUGGUUUUA